AUGGACAUCUUCAUCACCAGCCUGGACUCGAGGCUUAAUCGAGAAAGCCUGCAUGACUCUCUGAAGCCUUUCUUGCUCAAGUCACAGAUCCACAUCUUCGAUGUCCGCAAGGCUGUGGGAAAGACCUUCGCUACUGUCACGAUCGCGGAUCUCCAGAAGGCCCAGGCAUUUCUCUCCCAGGCUACCGCCAAUCCGUCCUUCUUCCGCUCCCCAUCGGGUCGGCCAGCUCAAUUUCAAAUCAGUCGCAAACCGAUCGACGAGUUUCGCCUGAAAGUCCUGCGCAAAGAAGAGAAAGACCGCCAUAAUGUAAAGGCAUGGCAGAAGAAGGCGAUAGAAGCAGCCGCAACCGAAGCGGGGACCAGAGAGCGAGGGCUUGAAUUCUCGACACUGAUGUGUGGUCGGUGGGAAUCCAAGGGAAAGGCCGUCAUGUUCAGGCCAUACUUCGAGGCUCAUCCGAAAGGUCGACUGACGAGGGACGGGCGUACGCUGGUCCUUCGAUUGGAGGAGCUUGCUGGCAAUGGCUACGACCUCGUCAUCGACCAUUCGACAAUCGCUUCGCUAGCCGUCAGCCACGAAAAGAGUUUCAGUGUUCUGACAAUCACACUGUUCGUCGCCCCACGCAUCAUCGAGGAUAGAAUGGCAGCCCCUGACACAGACCCGCUCUCCUACGCCUUCUCGGCGCUACGCAUGGGUCCCAGACCAACCACAAAGUUUCGCGUCUGCACUCUUCCCGGCCUAGGCCAGGCAACUUUUGGAAGUUGCUUGACCUACAGCUUGUUCUUUCCCACUGCCACCGUCGGCCUCCACAAUCGAAUUCAGUCCAUGACCUCUCGCAAAAUCCCCAUAAUAGUGAAGUCGGAGGGUGUGUUGCUGCCCCUCGUAGACUAUGCGGGUUCUGUCUUGCGGCUGAACGCCCAGCUGGAUCACUUGAAGUGCUCAUAUGCACGACGCUUUCAAAUCGAGGGCCUAUGGAGGAACGGCCUUCUAUCCCCAAGUGAAGUUCUGCAACUCAUGCCCGCGAUGCUUGAGCUGCAGUCGUGCUCUGGGGAAAGUGCACUUACAAAGGCGUUGCAGAGACUCAACUUGCAGAUGUCCUUCCUUGAUGCUACUACAGAUUCCACCACACGUGGUCUGCAAGAAGCUGCGGACGCUUUGCGACAGCCACCCACUCUGCUGGAGGACGAAGGGAUAAGCAGUGCUGCGCGCGAUGAAGUAUCUAUCUACAAGGUCACCGUCACUCCGGUGGGCCAUUAUCUGUCAGGACCGGAAUUGAUCGCCGCCAAUCGAGUCUUGAGACAAUACAGAGAGCACUCCGAGUACUUUUUGCGAGUCUACUUUGCAGAUGAGAACGAAGAUCGUCUGGAAUUCGAUCGGGACUACUCUAACGAUGAAAUUUACCGUGGUCGCUUUCUCAAUGUUCUACGAAAUGGUCUCGAGAUUGGCGGCAGACGCUUCCAGUUUUUGGGGUUCUCUCAUUCCUCGCUGAGAUCCUCUACCGUCUGGUUCAUGGCGCCUUUCGUGUACCAGGGGACGCUACUCUUCGCACGGUCACUCAUUGGUAAGCUAGGCGACUUCAGUGGCAUACGCUGUCCUGCCAAGUGCGCAGCUAGAAUUGGUCAAGCAUUCUCAGAGACGACUGCGGCUAUUACAGUGGACCAGAAUGUCGUAUGGCCAAUCAAGGAUGUAGAGUAUUCGAGUUAUCGCUUCACCGACGGAUGCGGUACCAUGUCUAAAUCGAUCUGGAAGAUGCUGAAGGGGAAGUCCAGAGCGCCACAGCCAACGUCGUACCAAAUUCGAUACCAAGGAGCGAAAGGAAUGCUCACGCUCGAUACUCGGCUCGAAGGUCAUCUCAUCCACCUCCGGGAGUCCAUGGUCAAGUUCACUGGUAGCCCAUCAAACGAACUAGAGAUAUGUGGCACAAAUGCCCAGCCGCUUCCCUUUAAGCUCAACAGACAGAUCAUUAAGAUUUUAGAAGAUCUUAAAGUCCCCGAAUCAACCUUUCUCAAACUUCAGGACCAAGAUAUGGAGCGCCUACGCCUGUCAGCAUCAUCAAAAUCGACCGCUGUUAACUUUGUCAUCCAUAACCUAAAGGAGAGCAGCAGCGGCUUGCCUAGACUGCUGAAGAACCUCAAUCAUAUUGGAGUCGAUGUCACCGAGGAUGAAUUCCUACGCGAUGUGCUCGGAGCGUUGCUCCAAGUCCAGCUGCGGGAAAUCAAAUAUCGCAGCCGUAUCCUCGUCCCCGAUGCGAAGACGCUUUACGGGAUUAGCGACGAGACUGACUGGCUCAAAGAGGGCGAGGUUUUUGUCACCUGGCAGGAAGACGACCGAGCAAGACACGUAUGCCUUAAUGGAAGAGUUGCCGUUACGAGAUCGCCUGCUCUACACCCCGGAGACGUCCAAGUCGUUCAAGCAGUUGCGCCUCCGAAGGACUCUGCUCUCUGGAAUCUGAGGAACUGCAUCGCCUUUUCCCAGAAAGGCACACGUGAUCUUCCAAGCAUGCUCAGUGGCGGUGAUCUCGAUGGUGACCUUUACAACAUCAUCUAUGAUGAUGCUCUGCUUCCGACGUUGAGCUCCAAGCCCGCCGCGUAUAUUUCGCCUCCAGCUUUGGACAUCGGCCGUCCAGUUACUGCUGAAGACAUGACGGCAUUCUUCGUCGAUUUCAUGCAGAAUGAUCAGGUUGGCAGAAUAGCAACACUCCAUCAAGUACUUGCUGAUUGCGAACCUACUGGCACCUUUUCUCAGAGUUGUCUCGCGUUGGCGGAAUUGCACUCAACUGCGGUUGACUUCUCAAAGAGUGGCAUCAAGGUCGACGUCUCCAAGAUUCCCCGAGCGCCGCGAGAGCGACCCGACUUCAUGUGCCCAAGCGCAAGUGCCAAAGUUGUAAAAGGCAUCCAAAGAGCACAGAACGACAUUACUCCAAGUCUGAGCGGGUUUCUUGGAAAGCUUUAUCGAGCGGUCAACGAGGACAUCUUCUUCGAGGAUCUUGAGGACGACACCUCGUCGCUUUCCAGUAAGGGGCCUUCCGGUAGCGUGCUGAGAGACAUUCUUGGAUGGGUACAGUCUCACGUCGAUAGCGAUCGACUCAAGGAGCAUCGAGGAAUGGCAAGAGAUGUGAGAGAGUACUACGAAGCAGAAGUCAUGGACAUCAUGUCGAGCUAUUCCAUACGACGGCACGACCAACUGACGGAAAAGGAGGUCUUCAUCGGUACGAUACUCGGACGAUCCGGCGCGGCGAGCAGACUUCAACGCGAGCAGUCGGACUACAUGAAGAACCACUUCAACCGCAGUCUUCGUGAGAUCAAAGACUGGAUGGUCAGACAGUUCCCCGAAGAUGACGGUGGUUACGAAUUCAUGGGUCUCGCCGCCGCCUGCUUGUAUGUAGCUGUCGAAGAGGAGAGUAGAGUCGAUGCUUCUCUCAAGAGUUUUGGGUGGUUUGCCGCGGGUUUGUGUGUUCCGGACCUCGUCAAGGAGCAGGAAGGUAGUGUCUUCAGCCUCUGA